AUGGUUCGUGGGGCUGAUGCCGAGGCGCGGGUGCCACUGCUCACUCUGGAGGACGGGCAGAGUGACCAGCAGCGUCUGCAGGAGGAAAUGGCGGCGGAAUGUAUGCGGAAUUUGGAGAACCGCGAAGCACAGUUGAAUACGCAGCGGCAUCGUCGGCAGCAGCGGCUGAAUGAGUUAUGGGGGCCGGAGCCGCCGUAUAAAUUACAAGCAGAGGACACCGCAAGCUGGUUCUGUGGUCAGAUAUACUACACCUGGAUAGGCGACCUCAUGUUCCGUGCUGCACGGGAGGAGCUCAGUGAGGCGGACAUGCCACGGCCAACGCAGAUGUCCCGUGCGUACAACGUCGGUCUGAUCGUGUCGCGGGUGCUGCAGCAGCAACACUUCCGGCGCCAUGUGUGGGAUGCGUACAUUGGGGUGGCGGUGCACCACCGCCGGGACCGCAGCAGCGCAGGGGAGCUUCGCUGGGUUGGGUACGCGCAGCAGAAGCGGACGCCGCGGCAGCUGUACGCGGGGGUGGAAUGGCGUAUGUCGCCGGCGCACCGCCUGAAGGAGGAAGCCAAGGACGCGUCCCGCACCCCCUUUACAAACGGGAUUGUGGAGGGAGAGCAUCUCUUUCACACCGUCUCCGGCAACGCCACCGCCACCUGUGAGCGCGUGGAGGACAUCGUUAUUACCUGCCCGAUGCUGGAGAAAAGGCAGCGACACGGUGGCAUGCCGGUCACCACACAGCAACGGCCGAAGCGCAUGUCUGUCGCACGUGCCCUCUUCAGUGCGCUUGGUUACCACAUUUAUUUGCUGAUUCCCCUUCGAUUGCUGCGUGACGCCUGCCAGCUCGCCGUGCCGGUGGUGCUUCAGUUUUAUAUUCGCUACCUUGAGGUGGCGCAUCCGAGCUGGCGUGACGGAAUGCUGCUUGUCCUGGCUUUUUCGCUCCUCACACUCGUGCAGAGUGCAUUGGGCAGCAAAAUAACACAGCUCGGGUGGCGCAUCGGCUACACUUUCCAGAACGCUCUACAGGGGGUUCUCUUUGAGAAGUGUGGGACCAUCUCACGCAAGGCGUUGUCGCACCCAGAGAUGAGCGUGGGCCGCAUUGUUAACAUGGUGAGCAGCGACGUGAGCAACGCGAGAAAUUUUCCACUGAUGCUGCCCAUCAUGUUUGGUGCUCCGCUGCAGCUCAUCGUUUCCCUUGUGCUCUUGUACCGUUUUGUCGGCUGGUGCGCCUUUGCCGGCUUUGGCGUCCUCCUGCUCUUCAUGCCGGUGCAGGGGCUGCUCAUGCGCCGCUACCACGCCGUGUACUCCCGACUCUCACGGGCGACAGAUGCCCGGCUGAAGGUGACGAAUGAGUUUUUCUCCGGUGUGCGGGUGGCGAAGUUCAUGUCGUGGGAGCCGUCCUUUAUUCAACGCAUCGACGAAAAGCGAAGGGUAGAGCUUGCCUCACUGCGGGUCUUGCAGCUGCUGUACGUCGCCAUCGCGUUUAUCACCAACGCCAUCCCCGCCUUUGUCGUGGCCGUUGUCUUCCUGCUGUACAGUGGGACCGGGAAAGAGUUGAUCCCCGCCAUUGUCUUCCCAACACUUUCACUGCUUGGCAUUAUGCAAACCCCGUUCAUCAUGAUUCCGUUAGCCUUCUCCAGCGUAGCCCGCUUUGUUGUGUCGAUGCGCCGCAUCACGAAGUUCAUUGAGUGCGAAGACACCGAUGACGGGCUGCGGGAUAUGUUGCAGCAGCACGCGGCCGAACGCGAGGCGCAGCCGCAGGAGGCAAUCAAUGCACUGAUGCAAACUCCCAUGAUGGCAUCGGUGGCGGCGGAGUUCACACGUGCCACCAUCUCCACAUAUGUACCGCAGAAACUCCCGCCGAAUGCACAGAUGGUGCGGGCUGCGGCAAAGAAGGGAUGCGACGUCGCAGCGGCCACAGGCUCCAGCGAGUACUAUGAACUGCAGGCAAAGGUUCUCCUGCACGACGUCACACUGCGUAUUCCGAGGGGGAAGCUUACGUGCGUGAUCGGGGUUACCGGCAGCGGCAAGUCCACGCUGGUGGACUCGCUGCUCGGUGGCCACGAAGUGACCUCCGGCCGUGUUCGCUCGGUGCCAGGCAUCGCCUACGUACCUCAGCAGGCGUGGAUCAUGAAUGCCACAGUAAAGGAAAACAUCCUUUUUUUUGGCGACAUGGACGAGGCGCGCUUUCGGCGUGCGCUGCGGUGCACUCAGCUGGAGUCGGACAUUGGGCUGCUCCCAAACGGGGUGGAGACGGAGAUAGGAGAGAAGGGCGUCAACCUGAGCGGCGGGCAAAAGGCCCGCGUCAGUCUCGCCCGUGCGGUGUACGCCGCCAGAAGGGAGUUGUACCUGCUCGACGACCCCCUUUCCGCCCUCGAUGCACACGUUGGAGAGCGGGUGAUGCAUGAGUGCAUCCUCGGUGAGUUGCGGUCAAAGACGCGGCUGCUCGUCACCCACCAACUGCAUCAGUUGCACCAUGCAGACCACAUCGUUGUGCUACAGGAGGGCGGGAUCAUCGCCUUCACGGGAUCGUUCGAGGCAUACAAGCGCUUCACUGCGAGCCGCGAAACAAAACUCGUCACCGCUGCCGCCGCCGACGCUGCUGCACCAUCGUUGCCUGUUGAAGCCCGCGAGACGGGAGAAGAGACGAAAGGGGCAGACACCCACACCGACAGCGACAGCAACAGCGAUGCGACGGUUAAUGCCGGCGACCUCGUCUUCGACGACGGUGUUGAUGAGGAAGGGCAAGCAACGGAGGCGAAGGGGAGCAUCGACGCCAGUGUGGGGGGGAAACUAAUGACCGAGGAGGAAAAGGCGGUGGGUGCGGUGCCGUGGUCGUUGUACGUGCGCUACGCGGAGACAUGCGGCGGGAUCACCUUGUGCGGGUUGGUUUUUCUGCUUUUUUUUGUGACGGAGUUUGUCCUUGUGUUGCCCUCGCUCUGGCUCUCGUUCUGGUCGGUGAGGCGGUUCGACCUGGCGUCGAGGACGUACCUUCUGGUGUACGUGGGGUUUGUUGUCGCCAGCGCCUUGACCUCCCCGCUGCGUAACGCCUCAGCCUACGCCGUUCUGCGAAUUGGAUCUUGGCGCCUGCACUCACAGCUGCUGAGGUCAGUCGCGGUGGCGCCCAUGUCAUUCUUUGACACAACGCCUCUGGGCCGUGUACUGAACCGCUUCUCGAAGGACAUUAACAACAUUGACUCGGACCUGCAGGGAGGCCUCAUCUUAUUUUUUCGGUCUAUCUUCUCGGUUAUCUCCGCGAUUGUCGUGAUGGCGAGUUCGCAGUACUUUGUGCUCGCCGCGCUUGUUCCGUGCCUUGUGGUGUACUACAGGCUGAUGGUGUUCUACAACAGCGCCAACCGCGAGAUGUGUCGCAUUUCCAACCGCUCCAACUCCCCCCUCUUUUCCGUGCUUGGCGAGAUGCUUUCCGGCCGGUGGACCAUCGCCGCGUACGAUCGGACUACCGCCUUCAUGACGGAGGCACUGCAGCGCCUUGACACCGUGUACGCCUGCUCCUACAUGAAAAUAGUCUGCGAUUGCUGGCUUGCCGUGCGCAUAGAGUUCCUCAGCAAUAUUGUGUUGACGUCUGUGGCCGUGGUGGGUGUACUGCUGGUGAUGCUGCGGUUUGACCGCGUUGAUGUUGGGUUGAUCUCGCUGAGUCUCACGAUGGCGGUGAACAUCAGCGCACAGCUGAAGUACGUGGUGAAUCAGGCAGCCUCCGUGGAGGCUGACAUGAACUGCAUCGAGCGUGUGUUGCACUACACGACUGGCAUUGAACAUGAGGACCUUCUGGAGGAAAUUGAUGCGGCCAUCCUACAGCUGGAAACGCAGGGGCGGGAGGGGCGGGAAAGGGCUCUCACAACGCCGGCAGGAACGCCUUUCGGCGGCGAGGAUGACGCUGCGACGGUGGCGGUGUCAAUGGCCCCUGAGGGCCAUGCAGGGGAUGCUGCGCCCACGCCGCUCUACUCCCCCGCAGGUGACGGCGACAGACGCAUGCUGGCGGGAUCUGUGGAGCUCCGCGAGGUGACGAUGCGGUACCGCGCGGGGCUGCCGCCUGUACUGCGCAGCAUGAGCUUUACCAUUGCCCCCGGGCAGAAGGUCGGCGUGAUUGGCCGCACGGGCAGUGGCAAGUCCUCGCUGCUGCUGACGCUGCUCCGCAUAGUUGAGAUUGAGAGUGGACAGAUUGUGCUCUCGGGGCGCCCGAUUCACGCCUACCGCCUGCGUGAGCUGCGGCAGCUCUUCUCGAUGAUCCCGCAGGACCCGCUCCUGUUUAACGGUAACGUGCGCGACAAUCUUGACCCGCUCAGCCUCCACAGCGACGCGCAGGUGCGUGAGGCGAUACGGCUGGUGGGGAUGGAGGAGCGGCUUGCGGCAGGGACGGAUCCGCUGCGGUACCCUGUGGAGGAGUGUGGCACAAACUUCAGCGUUGGCCAGCGGCAGCUGCUCUGCAUGGCGCGCGCGCUGCUGCGGCGGGGCUGCAGCUUCAUUCUGAUGGACGAGGCUACCGCCAACGUUGAUCCUGCGCUGGACAAACAAAUUCAGCACGCCGUGACCCACGCCUUUGCGGCGCACACCGUCAUUACAAUCGCCCACCGCCUUCACACCGUCGCCACGUACGACAUGAUUCUGCUGAUGGAGGAGGGCCGCGUGGUGGAGGUGGGGUCGCCGCACGAACUCGUGCGCUCUGCGGGCUCGCGGCUUGCUCGAAUGGUGCGGUCGCUUGGCGAGUCAGCCCUGCAGGAAUUCAUGACGGCCACGCACUCACCCACACACUGA